AUGAAUACUGCGUUGGUUAAUGCGAACCCGAUUGUUUACCCGAAGAAAGAACGUCGUGUUCGUACUGAACAUAGCAGUAGCACCGACGAAGAUAUCAAAGAUCCAGAGCAUCCUGAUCGUUCUCUGGAACAGCUCCAUGUGAUUACAGAAGAAUCAGUUGAAUUGGAUUACGAGAAGAGUUACGUCAGAAUUACAUUCACGCCAACUGUUCCACAUUGUCACGUGCCAAACGUAAUUGGUCUUUGCAUCUACGCAAAACUUCGACUAAGCCUUCCUGCUCGAUUUAAGGUUAAUGUAAGAGUAGCACCAGGGAGUCAUGCACAAGAAGCUGCAGUCAAUAAACUACUAGCGGACAAAGAGCGUGUCGCUGCAGCACUUGAGAAUCCCAACCUGGUGGCUAUGUUCAACUAA